AAAUCCAUAUUCAGCAUAAUAUAAAGAUAAUCCAUUUAACAAUGGGGAAGGCUAAAAAAUUUAAACCCUCACAAGUGGCAAAAAACAUAUCACUCGCAGAUCAAAUAGAAACGUCGAAUGCUAUAAAAAUAAAAAAUAGAAAAGAGAAAACCAGAAACGAAGGCGAUGAAGAAUUUGUUAAUGCUGACUUAUCAAAAAAAAUCCUAAAAGCUGCAAGGAGGCAACAAGCUGAAAUUGGUAAUGGAAUUUCUUCUGCCACUGCUGUUUCCACUCCUUCAGCUUCAUUAUCACUUCAUGAUCAAACUUCUGACCAUGAAGACGGUUCAGACCAUGAUGAUUUGGAACCAGAUACUUUUUAUGAUAACAUUGAAAUCAAUGAAGAAGAUGAGGAAGCUCUUAAAAUGUUUAUGUCCUCUAAACCUGAGAAAACACGAACACUGGCAGAUAUCAUAAAAGAUAAAAUUACAGACAAACAAACUGAACUACUAACUCAAUUCUCAGAUGUAGAAACAUUGAAAUUACAAAAUAUUGACCCAAGAAUUAAGACCAUGUAUCAAGGUGUUAGAGAUGUCUUACAGAAAUACAGAUCUGGGAAAUUGCCUAAGGCAUUUAAAAUGAUACCACAUCUGCAAAACUGGGAACAAAUACUAUAUAUUACUGAACCUACAACGUGGUCAGCUGCAGCCAUGUAUCAGGCAACAAGGAUUUUUGCCUCAAAUUUAAAAGAGAAAAUGGCACAGAGAUUUUAUAACUUGGUACUCCUGCCUAGAGUAAGAGAUGAUUUAGCUGAAUAUAAAAGAUUAAACUUUCAUUUAUAUCAAGCCCUAAGGAAAUCUCUAUUCAAGCCAGGAGCUUUCAUGAAAGGCAUUUUACUGCCACUUUUAGAAGCUGGAGACUGCACGUUGCGCGAGGCUGUAAUUGUUGGCUCGGUUUUGGCUAGGAAUUCUGUACCAGUGCUUCAUUCUAGUGCUGCUUUGCUAAAGAUCGCGGAAAUGGACUACACUGGCGCUAGUUCUAUAUUCUUGAGAAUAUUGUUUGAUAAGAAAUAUGCUCUGCCAUACAGGGUGGUGGAUUCAGUUGUUUUCCAUUUUCUCAGGUUUCAAAGUGAAUCCAGAAUGUUACCGGUGCUGUGGCACCAGGCAUUGCUGACUUUUGUUCAACGUUACAAAGCUGACAUAUCAACAGAACAACGAGAUGCACUGCUAGAACUCCUGCGGAAACAAUCACACCCCACUAUCACUCUAGAGAUAAGACGUGAACUACAAGCAGCCAAGUGCAGGGACAUAGAAGUUAAUGAUCAAAUACAGAAUUGUAUGAUUGUUGAAUAAAAUGUAUAACUGUUUUUAAUUAAUAAAGUUUAUUAUAUGAACUCA